CGAUCAAGAGCACGAUCACGCAUUCACAAGUCCAAUGAUGAGGAGCUGGAAGUGUAAGUGUAUAUGCAGUGUCAAUAUAUGCAAGUUUUUGGAAAACACUUGUCGAAUCCAUGAAAUCCAGACAGUUUUAAUUAUGCCAGCCCAGCCGUGCAAUUCGUUUAUUCCGCAGCCCAACAGAAGUUCAGGAAUUCCCUCUUAUCGAAUAAGAAUUGAGAGUUUGGGAACAAGGUACCAUUAUCGAAGUCAUCAUUCGGUUUGCGUCCUUAGCUAUGCGAAGAUGAUAGUUUCUAGGGACAUAUAGAGGCUCUCAAGGGCUUUGCCUGGGAACGAUUAUCUAAGUAUGAAACUCAAAUUGUUCGCACAAAAAUUAAAAUCUAAACGGAUUUUCACAUCAUCAUUCACUCUUUAUCAUCUCACUCAUGCCUUCAACGUUCCUCCCUCGCAUGUACGACAGAAAAACUCAUUGCUCCCUAGAAGUUUAUUCAUUCAGAUUAGUGACAUGCGACUUUUCUUCU